ACGCCAUAGAAUUAUGACAGAAUUAUGUCUGAAUGAAUAUUCACUGAGACGCUCAAACAUGUAAGUAGAUAAUCCUCAAUCCCUGUAACUGUGUUAACAAUACAAGAAAAUGUAGUAGAGAGUGAAGUAGUCAGGAAAAGAAUCAACCCAUUUUGUUUACUCUCCAUUGACACCCAGUCAAUUCCUUUAUCACCAUUCGCCAUCAAGAUGAGAUUUUUAUGGUAUAAGGUCUGCAUACAUUUGGCUUGCUGCUGCUUAUGGCUGCUUUCGAGUAUAAUGCAUGUGGUAAUUCCUCAAUCCUUCAGGUAAUUUUCCAAUAUCAUUGUGGAAAUGGUCUUAUAGAUAGCAACACUAGGGCAACAUCAGAAUACAUCUCUGACUUGUAAGCCGCCAUUCCAACCAUGUAUGCCAUUUUUUCAAAGGCCUAAAUGUGUGUCACUAAGAGUUUGAAAAGAAAAUGAAGAUGAUCGUCUGUGUGUGAUAUAAUGGAGGUACAAAAGUGGUCUCCAAGUUUAUGCCAAAUUUCUUAUCUUCAGACUUGAUGCGGUUAAGGAAAAUGUGAUUGUGCAGACGACAUAUCUUCUCGAGUUGGUAGAACUAAUAGCAUGCACAACAGAGAACACAGUUUAUCAUUACCAUUAUUACAGGGUGUAGUAACAAUUCAAUGGGUAUGAAAUCUAUGUUACUCGGACUCUUCAUUUUGUCUAGAAGUACCCGUGUCGGACACUCGACAUUCGGACAUAGACACUUGGACUAGGACACUUAUUUUAGGCCAAAAACAUGUAAAUUUUUCAGAAUAUUACCGAGUCCGAGACAUAGACAUGUAUCCAUGUCCGACACUUCUAGCCGAGUCUAAGUAACAUGUUUCUAGACCUGUUAUUUAUUUUCUCUCUUUAACUCUUUUUCUUAGCCUAUAUUGGUAUGACCCUGAUGUUUUUAGAAAAAAGUUUUUUAAGUUAUAAGUAGUUUUAAGAUGUUAUCUAGGAGCAAAAGACUUCUUAAUGAAGCUUGGUCAUAGGGCAGAACGGAAAUGACCUUUACUGAAUUUUAAUCAACACGUCUCCCUCUGGGUGUACUAGUCCCCACAAUGAUGUUGAGCAUAAGUGGAUCUGUUAGUAUUGCAAAUGUUUAGGAAGUGCUUUACUUGUAUACUGUGCAGUUAUUGGCUGUCUCUGGCCCAACAGUGCAUGCCCUGUUCCUUUUUGCACUCAAAAUUUUAUGUAUUUAACACGAAACAUGAAGUACUCUUGUAAGCUUGCGAUAUGCUUCAUUGAAACUGAUUAUCACUUCCCACAGCUAUAGUCUGUAAAUUAUAGUUUCCAUUCUAUGCUCGAUCAGUUAAUAAAAUUGUACCUGUACCAUAUCCAAAAAUUAAGCAAACAGUAACUCAUGAAUCUUGAUAGUUGAUUGUGUUUUGUACUUUAUUCAUUCCACAGGAAUGGUCCUGCGAAAGAUUGCUUGUGGAGCUGAAUUCAGCAUAAACCUGUUUGCAUUUUGUUAUACUGCCUAUACAUUUCAAUUAAUUUAAGAAACAUUAUUGUUUGCAUCUGCUUUUGCUGAUUUUCAUAUUUCAAGUUUUGUUGUUAUACUUAUAUAUACACUCAACGGUUUUGUAUUGCCCAUCCCAUUUAUGAGUUGUGUAGAAACCCGUGUAACCUGUUUACAAAUCUCUCACGGGAUACCUACCAUUCUUCAUUUGUUCCUCCAAUAAGUUUUUCUGAGAUUAUGCUUAAUCUACAUAUUAUGUGGUCCUUGUUGAGAGACGGUAUAAAGCACGAGUACUACCAAUAAACCAUUGGUACUACCAACUGAGUUUUUCUUCUAGCCAUACCUUUUUCUAUCUUCAUAACAAAUUUCUUAAUAUACAUCUUUUUAGUCCUCAUUCUCACUUGAGUGCGUUGCUCAACAUGAAAGAGAUGUGGAGACUAGACAGGAAACAAUGCUCUUCAUCUUGGUUCAAUCCAGAGAAUUAAAUGACAAGGUGGACGACGGAGAAGAUGAAAUUAUAAACUCUAAUGAGGAGAGAAAAGGUUGGAUUACCAAAGGAAGUUUAGUUGGUAAUGCCCGUGUACCAUUUCUCAACAUGGGAAACAUAUUAAGUAUAUUUACCAGAAACUUUUUGAAAACUAAUUUUAGGUACAGAUGAAGGAUGGUUGGUUACGCUAAAGAGAGGUUCACAAACAUUAAAAACAGACUUGUGGUUGUGGUUGUGGUUGUGGUUGUAUAGUAAUUCAUGAGCAUGACCAGCCUCAAACUUGAAUGUACAAGACGCCGAGUAGGUAAAAAAGGCAUUUACUCAAAUCUUAUGUUGUAUUGAUCUUUAAAAAAAAUAGGAAUGGAGCAUGUUUAAUAUUUAUGACGUACAUGGAUGAGUAACUAUUGAAAACAUAAAGUUGUGUAAACGGGUGAUUUGUAGGAUGUUAACAGAGACUAAAAGCAAACUAAAUCAAACCCUUACUUUGCAUGUACACUUAUGAUGCAGGUUUUACUUCUGUGCUUCUUGAAAUUGAGUUGGGAGUGUGCUUAAAUAAACUUGCAUGUCUUUUUGUUUUCACAUGCUUAUUUUCUCACAAAAACCAUAGGUGACUAAGAAAGAAUGUAAAGUGCAUUGUAUGUUUUCUGUAGACUGCAGUGGCAUCAUUGAGGAACUCGACUGUGGGGUGAUUAGGUGAUAUUCCUUUUACUUUUUAGAGGGUAAAGAGAAUAUUUUGAAUAUUUGUAGAAGAACAAUUAAAUAUGCAGUUUAAGAUGCUUCCUCCUAGUGAAUGCUAUACUGUUAUCUUUCGAUAUAUAUGCCCUCAGAGGAACGGUAUCGCUCUGUGUUUUUAUUCAACCUGAGGAGGUAAAUUUAGACUUGUUAUGAAAGACUACUAGUAGAUUGCUCUGUGGGUUUAAGCAUAUUUCUUCUGUUUGUAGCUCAAGAAGAGGUAUUUCUCAACUACUAAAAUACAUGGAACAUGAGGAUUUACUGAUGCAAUCAUGUAUGGAUGGCAGAGAGUUACUGGUGUUUCUAUCAACAAUCCUGCAGCAGAUUCUCAAGGUCGUGAAAGGUUGGAAAUCAGGGAUACCAACUUGGAAUGUUGGUAUUAUUGCAAAAUGUUGAGGAUGGAUAGUUGGAUACGACUUUGCAAAGAUGACCCAUAUUUAGCCCCCCUCUUAGUGGAUUUCUGGAGCCGCCGCUGCGUCAAAGGCUUAGCAUUGUGUCAACAAGUGAUAUCUCUAAGACAAGUGUGACCGAGAAAAGAUACGAGUGUGUUUAACGCAUCUGGUGUAAUCUCUUUUAAGUUUCAUCUUCAUCAGUACAGAGGCAGAGGCUGUCAAGAGGAUCCAAGGUCAUUGCAUUAGCUCAGAAAAGAUAUAGCGUGAUUUUUGAUCUCUUAAACGUUGCUAUGGAUUCCCAUCUGUUGCCCAUCCGUAAAAGAAGGUCAACCUCAGAAGCACUACAAGAUGGACGCCGCAGGCGAGUUACUUUUGCUGACCAGAUUUCGACAAUAUGCCAUUAUAGUGGAACUGAGGGCUCAGUCUCUAGACUUGAUUUUGUCGAUGCAUGUGGCGGUGGAGAUGUGGUACCUUCUCCAGUUAGUAGAACUAGAACCAGUAACAAUUCAAUAGGUGUUCAAUCUCAGACGGCUUCCAAUCAUUGCAGCCCUAAGAGUGGAGAAGGCAGUAAGCAAACUAGUGUGCCUACUUAUUUAUUCCCGAAGAAUGCUCCUGCAUUAGAGCGUGCAUGGUGUGGCAUCAUGGAGGUUGAUGGUAUGAAGAGGUUGUCUGUAAAAAUGACCGCUCAUUUAUCUGCAAUAGUUUCUCGCAACGCUUUUGAAUUAUCGAAGAAGAUGAACCCAGAACUGCAUUCCCAGUUGCUUCCUCGUACAAAAUGCCAUCCUGAUAUUUUUCAGGAGUCAUGCCCCAACCGAGACGACAUCGCUCUGUAUUUUUAUCCAUCCAGAGAUGAAAGGGCAAAUGGGAAGUACUCUGAACUAUUAAGAGGCAUGGCAGAUAAUGAUUUGAUGAUGCAUGCUCAUAUUGACGGUAUAGAGUUGCUGAUGUUUCCAUCAACAAUCCUGACGGCUGAUUCUCAAACGGUAAACAAUAGUUACUUCAUCUGGGGCCUCUUUUACCGUCGAGCUAUGGACCAAGGGACACAAGAAAGUUCUGGUGACUUGAAGCGCUGAAGAGUUUCUUGGUCGUCAUGUAAUAGUCUAAUGAUGUAACAUUAGUAAGGAGUUGUGAGAUUGUAGUUGAUAAAACUAUGAUGAUUAUGUUUUUGUUUUGAAAUUUACUUUUAGUUUUGCAUGGAUUAGAUUUUGAAAUUUGCCUUCUUUUCUGGUCACCGAAGGCCGCAUGGAUGUUUAUUGUGGUGACUCGGAAAAAUUUAAUAAUUAUUUAUUUGUUGUUAUUAA